AUGUCUCCUAGAAUUCUGAUACUCUUCUUUCUCCUCGUUUUCUUUUUUAUCACCCCAAUCAACCCUCUCCAAUGUCAUCAAUGUGGAGGAGCUGAGAGAAUGAGCAGAACUACCAAAAGGCUAUAUAUGGAUUUGAAUAUUUCUCCGGAUUUGUAUUAUGGAAAUUGUAGAUCAAAGUCGGGAAAUGAUGUUUGCACUAAUGGGACUUUUUGUAUCAAGAGAGCCAGUAAGCAUUAUUUUUUUGUAGAAACCCUGAUGAAAAAUGUUAUAGAGAUUCAUCGAAUUGGUUUCAAUCGGUUUAACUAUAAAUAUACAACUUACACAAAGGGAUGCGCCAAUAUUCGUGAGGACAACGGACAAGCUAUAGUGGAUGGAUGUUACGAUUUGAAUCAGGAUACUUCGAAUGUUGGCUUUUCCACUAAACGUGUCGAUUGCUACUGCGAUACUGACUUUUGUAACUCGUCGUCAAGGUUUCAUAUAAUUUUGAUGACCAUUUUCUGGAUCACAUUUUCUUUCUAA